GGAGCUCGCGCGAGUGCUGCGCUGCCAUGGGCCGCAGAAGAGCGUCAGAUGCCGGGCCCCUCGGCCGGGCCCUUAUCCGCCAGAAGACUCAGCGGAGCCGAAACCACCGUCACGCCGACUCCUGGUUGCACACAAGUGAGCUCAAUGAUGGCUACGAUUGGGGUCGUCUUAAUCUGCAGUCAGUAACUGAACAGAGUUCCCUCGAUGACUUCCUUGCAACUGCAGAACUUGCAGGGACAGAGUUUGUAGCUGAGAAGCUGAAUAUUAAGUUUGUGCGUCCAGAGGCCAGAACUGGGCUGCUGUCCUUUGAGGAAAGCCAGAGAAUUAAGAAACUCCAUGAAAAAAACAAGCAGUUCCUGAGUGUACCACGGAGACCAAAGUGGGACAAAAACACUAGUCCUGAAGAACUCAGACAGGCAGAGAAAGAUAACUUUCUAGAAUGGAGACGUCAGCUCGUCCGGCUAGAAGAGGAACAAAAGUUGCUCCUGACUCCAUUUGAAAGAAAUUUGGACUUUUGGCGUCAGCUGUGGAGGGUGAUUGAGAGGAGUGAUAUCGUGGUCCAGAUAGUCGAUGCUCGAAACCCACUCCUGUUUAGAUGUGAGGAUUUGGAAUGUUACGUGAAAGAAAUAGAUGACAGUAAGGAAAACGUCAUUCUGAUAAAUAAGGCAGACUUGCUGACUGCUGAGCAGCGGGGUGUCUGGGCCACAUACUUUGAAAAAGAAAAUGUGAAGAUUAUCUUCUGGUCAGCUUUGGCUGAAGCCAUUCAACUGAUUGGUGACUCUGAGGAACAUGUGGACGAGGGUGCUGGAGAAGCCACUACAACGGGGUCUGAAAACUCCAGUUGUGAUGGGGCUGGAAAUCCUCACGGUGAGACUGAGCGUCUCCUGGACAGGGGCUCCCCCCCGCUUGGUGCAGUUGCCACUAGCGAUGAAGACGACAGUGAGUACGAGGACUGUCGGGAGGAGGAGGAGGAAGUUUGGCAGACGUGUUCGGAGGAGGACAGCGACCCUGACGAGAAAGCCUGUGGCUGGGACAGGAAGGAACGCUGUGCCGGGGAUUGUGGGGCUCAGGGCAGGGGCGCCCUGCAGAAGAGGCACACGCGCAAUUUUAGCCACCUGGUCUCAAGGCAGGAACUAUUGGAGAUCUUUAAGCAGCUACACACUGGGAAGAAAGUGAAAGACGGACAACUUACUGUUGGACUGGUGGGCUACCCGAAUGUUGGUAAGAGUUCCACAAUCAACACCAUCCUGGGCAACAAGAAAGUGUCUGUGUCUGCCACCCCUGGUCACACCAAGCAUUUUCAGACUCUCUAUGUGGAACCUGGCCUCUGCUUAUGUGACUGCCCAGGCCUGGUGAUGCCGUCCUUCGUCUCUACCAAGGCAGAGAUGACUUGCAAUGGAAUCCUCCCAAUUGACCAAAUGAGAGACCAUGUCCCGCCUGUGUCACUAGUUUGCCAGAAUAUUCCGAGAUAUGUUUUAGAAGCCACCUAUGGCAUCAAUAUCAUAAAACCUAGAGAGGAUGAAGAUCCCCAUCGACCUCCAACAUCAGAAGAAUUGUUGACAGCUUACGGAUGUAUGCGAGGAUUCAUGACUGCGCACGGGCAGCCAGACCAACCUCGGUCAGCUCGCUACAUCCUGAAGGACUACGUCAGCGGUAAACUUCUGUACUGUCAUCCUCCCCCUGGAAGAGACCCGGUGACCUUUCAGCAUCAACACCAGCGACUCCUGGAGAACAAAACGAAUAGUGGUGAAGUAAAAAUACAUCCAGAUGGAAAUAAAAAAGCAAAACAGAUUGAAAAUAUAGUUGACAAAACUUUUUUCCAUCAAGAAAAUGUGAGAGCUCUGACCAAGGGAGUGCAGGCUGUGAUUGGCUACAAGCCUGGGAGUGGCCUGGUGACUGCAGCUGCUGUGAGCUCUGAGAGCAGGGCUGGGAAGCCCUGGAAAAAACAUGGCAACAGAAAUAAAAAAGAGAAGAGUCGUAGACUCUAUAAGCACCUGGAUACAUGAACUCGGGGCCGCAGCGGAAAUGGCACGUGCGUCAUGCAUCCGGAGAAGACCAGAAGCUGCUCUUGCCCGGGAUGGUGGGGAAUGGACCCUGCUUCUUGUGGCACCCGGCCACACCAGACAGCCAGGAUCAAGACGGAGGGGCUCCUUAGAGCACCGAGGCCAGCACCGUCAUCUUGGAGCCCCGGAAACCUCGUCCUGUAGAAGGCUGAAUUUAAGACGAGGGAAUGAAUGAUUGAAUGUUUGUGUAAACAAAUACACAUGCAUACUAAUUUGUAAGUUGGGGGUUUUUUUUGAAAAGAUACUAAAAUUAAAUGGUCACUAAUAGACUUUUUUUGGUUUAUGUAGAUACACUGCCAUUUGGACAUUUCACAUUCUUUAAACAGUUGUAAUUUGCCAAAACACGACUGGGAUUUUAGAUGGAUUCUUUUGAGAACAUUGUUUAGGUUAGUGAUUCUCAACCUCACACACGUACCCCACACUUGUUAGUAUUGCUGAAGGCACAUCAGGUCUUGGAAUGAGGAGGGCCAGUGUAUAUAGUUUUGAAAGCCUCAGAGAGCCCAGUCUUCUGUUGAAAUUCUCCAUCAAAUGAGCUACUACUCAAGAAGGUAGCGUGUUAGCGUGUAUUUUUCUAUAGCUCACUACAGGGGUGAGGAAAUGGGCAGAUAAUCUGCUAGGUAUUGUUGGAGGCUUAGUACUUAGUACCUUAUCUGCUUAGUACUUAGGACCAUCAAGAGUGAGAUGUGAGCAUUUUUUACCUUUUAAAGUGCCAUUCCUUAUAAUACACGAGGUGUUUAGCCUCUCACUUUACUUCCGUCUCCCUUUUUCUGUGAGCCUCAUUAUUCCCUUAACUCGGAUCCUUGCCUUAUUUUGUGUGAUGGAUGUUUUUGGAAAUGUAACGGAAGUUAUGGAUGCUUUCUCCAGAAAAACGCCCAUGCCCAUGAACACGGUCUUGUGAAAUGUAUCGGAAGAUCACAGACCUGCAGUUCAUCCUCAGUUUCACAGUUAAGCCUUCCUUGCCCUGUGUAGCCACAGUGCAUUUGAGAUAUGUCUGAAGACGUGUCCCACCUGGGGAAUGAAGACACCCACUUGUUCAUUUAACAAAUCCCACCUGCCGCGUGGCAGGAAGGGGCACUGGAGAAUGGUGACAGCAGGCGUAGGGCCCUGCUGCAGGUUAGCCAGAGCCGUCACACGGCCCUCGAGCCUGUGGGGAUCCUGGAGGUUUGCUCAAAAGCGGGGGGUAAGCCAAGGGAGAGUUGAUAAACAGGCAGGGAAUUGGUGGUGUAAGUCUUCAUUUAAGUACCGGGUGAAAGUUAUUCCAGGUCAAGGCUGAGGCAGAGCUAGAGAGGUUCCAGAGUUGUGCUCCUCCAUCUGCAGCAGUGUACUUCUGGUUCUUCCCUUUGAUCUGAGGAAAGGGACAGUCUAAAAGGCCCAUGACAGAAACAAGCGGCAGCGUGUUAAAGCGUACGUUGUUUCCUGUACCACAGAACAGGCACAGCUGUCUGGAAUGGACAAAGCAUGUACUGAUUUUGGUUUGCUUUAAUAAUAGUGUAAUAGCUAAAUCAGUACUUAGAAAAAGUAAUUACAUACACUUCCAAGUUCCAGGUUAUUUUUGUAACAAUUUUUUGAGAUAUUCACGUACCAUGCAAGGUCACCAAUUUUAAAGUAUACAGUUCAAUGGUUUUUAGUAUAUUCAGAGUUGUAGAACCAUCACCACAACCAGUUGCACAUUGCUGCCACAAAAAAGACACCCAGGCCCCUUUAGCUAUUGGCCCCCAAUCCUCCCAUCCCCCCAGCCCUAAGCAAGCACUGAUCUACUUUAUAUAUGGAUUUGCCUAUUCUAGAUGUUCAUAAUAAAGGAUUCAUAAGCUGUG